CCGAAGAGGUGCAGGUGUAGAAGUUGAGAUAUAUGACAGCUUGACCUCAGCAUGGAAAUGGAAAUUUCACACAAAUCCCUAUUCAUGGCGGGUUUAAAGAAGUCCCUGGAUGGAGGGUCAUACUCGGAUCUGACAGUGGUCGUUGGUGAUGUAUCAUUCCCGUGUCACAAGGUCAUUGUCAAGUCCAUGUCACCUUAUAUGGUACAGCGAUUGUCAGCUGGGGAUGGUGAAAUGACGUUGGAGGAUGUUGAUGUCGAUGCCUUCAGGAAUAUCCUCAAUUUCAUGUACACAGGUGUUCUACCGCCGCUACAUGAAGACAACAUCGUCUUCCUCAUAAACACAGCAACAGUACUUCAAAUGGAUGACUUCAAGCUGGCUAUUGAAGAGGAGUUCAGGCAUUGUGAUCUCAUAGGGGCGCAUAAUUAUUUGACUUUGCAUGAUCUAGCUAUCAAAAAUAAAGUCUCGACCAUCAAGAUGGAUGUAUAUCACUUUAUCCUUCGUCAUUUUGAGUAUAUAUGGAAGAAAGGGGAACUGAAUGGCAUGAGUUUCCGUCAGCUGUAUGAUGUCGUCCUUCACAAAGGACUUAUAGUAUCAAGUGAGUUUGUGCUGCUGAUAGCCAUCGUUGACUGGGUUCUAGCUCAGAGUCAACUGUCAUGGGAUGAGACCAAACUGCUGAUCUAUGUAGCGAGGAUGCCAUUGAUUACAGAGCAGAACAUACAGAAACUGAGGUGCACGGACCAGGUGGCAGCCAAUCAGCGUCUCAGUUCUCUACUGCUGGAGAUAUGGGAGCGGGACCAUACGGAGAUUCCUUACAAGAGGGACAGAGACCCGCCCCCCGAAGCUCCAAUCAAAACUUAUAUGGACUAUCUGUAGUGACUGAGUGAGGCUUCACCGAUCUAAGCAGUAUAACCGCGGAUAUAGGCAACCAGUAAUGAGGCACAAUUGUAGCUAGUGAAAGGGGAUAUUGUGUUUAGCAGUGAUUGGACGUAACAACGGUCGGUGAAACACAACUCUAACUCUGCAUAUUUGAAGAACUGUCUUUGUUUGUAUCCUAUAUUCUGUGCCUUAAACCAUUGUUCAGAAGUGCAUUGUGUAGCAAAAUAUCCUAUAGUUACGUAAAAUUAUCAACUUUUAUACGGUUAAGCCUAUUUGUGCUUCACCCAUGCAAAGAAUCAAACCCGUGUCUUCGUAGUGAUCGGAUGCUUAAAUCUUUUGGCUUACCACCGCACUAUUCACUGGCUUCGACCGGUUGCAGGGGACCAAUUCUAACCUGGAGUGAUUCGCUCGUCACGCCGAAGACCCGGGUUCGACUCCCGACAUGGGUACAAUGUGUGAAGCCCAUUUCUGGUGUCCCCCGCCGUGAUGUUGCUUGAAUAUUGCUAAAAGCGGUGUAAAUCCAUACUAAGUCACUCACUUACUCACUCACUCACUCAUCAAUAAUGGUAUAUUAUCGCAAGCUACAAGGGUGUGCAUUUUCUGUAACAUUGUUUUCAAUAUAUUCAAUAGAUACAAUAAAUUAUUACAUUUAGAAAUUAUAUCUGUACUUUCACUGGUUGAUAAAUGGUCACAUUACAUGUACUUUCCUAAAAACUUAGCAUUGCCCUGAGAUCCUACUUGCCGUGCAGCGAUCAGAAGUGGUACUGUCCUGCGCGGUUUGGCCAAUGGAAUCAGCGAGAAUGUAACAGUGUAAGAAUCUACAUCGAAACGUCGCUAAAUGCAAUAAACCAGAAGUUGUAAUCCGUAAAGGUUUAGGUUUUCUUAUUUCCUCACUAACUUCCAGAAUGCCAAUCAAACAGUUCGUAACGCAAAGCUUGUUGUGAAGCGGUAUCUCCUGCCACUGCCUCUGUCAUCUGGAGUCACGAUAUGGCUGAAAUAUUGCCGAUGUGAUUUAAAAUUUUAACUCACUCACUCACUCUGUCAUCUGGAGUGAUUGAAUUAUGGUUGAAUUUUGAUGGUUAUAAAUAAAUCAAAUUAAAAUAUUUUUCCUCUUAACAUUACGUAAUAAAACAACUAUUGACCACAAUUCGGGCAAUAUCAUGUUUUAUGGACCCAAAAAACCGAUACUGAAAGGUCAAUGAUUGAUAAGCAUCAGAUGAUUAACAUGUUACAGGUAUGUUUGUUUUAUUUUGUUUGUUGUUU